AUGGCGUCUGUGAAAGCAGGAGGAGGAGAUGGCGAUCAGUACUGUAGCAGUAUAUAUUUGGCGUGGGAAGAUGUCACCGUGGUGCUGCCCACCACCAAUGUUAUCAAGAACUCCCCCGCCAGGAAUAAGAAGCUGCUGAAUGGGCUCACCGGGUACGCGGAGCCGGGUCGAAUCGUUGCGAUCAUGGGUCCUUCCGGCUCCGGCAAGUCCACCCUCCUCGACUCCUUGUCUGGUAGGCUGUCUGCAAACCUUAUAAUGAGUGGGGAUGUUCUAUUAAACGGGAAAAGGAGGAGCACCAACAGCGGCAAUAUUUCUUAUGUCACCCAAGAGGAUGCGUUCUUGGGAACUCUCACAGUGAGAGAAACAAUCGCUUACUCUGCUCAUUUGCGCCUUCCCACUAAAAUGAGCAAGGAAGAGAUCAAUGGGGUGGUGGAGAUGACAAUUACAGACAUGGGUCUUGAAGAUUGCGCAGAGAAGAAGAUAGGGAACUGGCAUUUGAGAGGCAUAAGCAGCGGUGAGAAGAAGAGGCUCAGCAUUGGCCUUGAGAUCCUGACGGCUCCCCAUGUUUUGUUUCUCGAUGAGCCAACCAGUUCACUCGACAGUGCUUCGGCCUUCUACGUGAUUAAAGCUCUGAAGAACAUUGCCAGCGACGGGAAGAUUGUGGUUUGCUCAGUUCACCAGCCAAGCAGUGAGUUGUUCAACCUGUUUGAUGAUUUGUUCCUACUCUCUGGUGGGGAAGCUGUUUAUUUUGGAGAAGCUAAGAUGGCUGUCAAGUUCUUUGCUGAUGCUGGAUUCCCUUGCCCCACAAGAAAAAACCCUGCUGAUCACUUCCUACGCUGCAUUUCUUCAGAUUUUGACGUUAUAAAUGCAACUCUAAUGCAAUCUCAAAGAGCUUGUGGUCUUGAAGCAGCAUCUGAUCCCCUGAAGAACUUAACAACGACAGAGAUCAGAGCGAUGCUUGUUCAGAAAUACAGAUGCUCUGAAUAUUCAAUAAAUACAAGAAGAAGGAUACAGGAAGCAAAACUCAUAGAAGAACUUGUUCUAGCCAAAUCAAAUAAUGGGAGUGAUGCCUGCUGGUGGAAACAGCUUUGCACGCUGACUCACAGAUCUUCCUUGAACAUGUACAGAGAUUUGGGGUACUACUGGUUACGGUUCUUGUUUUACAUCUGUGUAUCAGCUAGCCUUGGAACCAUCUUUUACGACAUUGGGCGAACCUACUGGGAGAUUGUGGCAAGAGGAAGUCUUGAUGGGUUCAUUUAUGGCUUCAUGCUUUGCUUGUCUAUAGCUGGCUUGCCUUCCUUCAUUGAAGAAAUGAAGGUUUCUCAUCGCGAAAGGUUCAAUGGACAUUACGGAGAGGCUGUGUUUGUUCUGUCAAACUUGCUCUCAUCGUUCCCUUUUCUGUUUAUUAUUUCGCUUUCCUCGGGAACCAUACUCCACUACAUGGUGAAAUUUCAUCCGGGGUUCUCCCACCUCGCCUUCUUCUGCAUUAAUCUCCUUUGCUGCAUCGCUGUUGUGGAGAGUUGUAUGAUGGUCACUGCAUCACUGGUACCCAAUUUGCUGAUGGGCAUAGGAACUGGAGUUGGUGUAAUUGGUAUUUUGCUGAUGGCAUCUAACAUUUCCCGACCCUUACCUGAUUUGCCUAAGUUAUUUUGGCACUAUCCAGUAUCCUAUAUCAGUUUUGCAUCAUGGGGAUUACAGGGGCACUACAAGAAUGACAUGAUAGGGCUUAAUUUUGAGUCUCGGCAGCCGGGAGACCCCAAGAUGAAGGGCGAGAUGAUCAUCCAGACGAUGUUUGGGGUUCGGCUGGAUCAUUCCAAGUGGUGGGACUUAACUGCUGUGAUUUGCUUAUUGAUAUUCUAUAGAUUACUGUUUUGUUUGGUGUUGAAGUACAAAGAUAGAGCAUCAUCGCUGUGGCAAAAACUCUAUGCCAAAACUACUCUCCAACAACUAGGCAGGAAACCAUCAUCGAGGAGAGGUCGGACCUUCUCCUCCAAGAGGCACCACCAUCUCCAUUCACUACCUUCGGAAUAAUAGCUAACCCAUUCGGCUAAAAAGAACAUGCAACAUCUAUACACCAAACUUGGAUGGAAUAUCAUCACUUUCUUUCCUAAUUCCUAUUAAAUCUUUUGUAACUUGGGUGUAGAUGCUUUGUUUCAAGUGUUUAGACUGAAAUAUUGCUAUGUUUGUUUCAAUACCAAAUCAACAAAGGAGAAAGCAGUGGAUUCUAAUAAAAAAGAUCCAAAUAUGCCUUUCUCUGUGAAAA